GCCCGGUUCGGAUCGGCGAGGGGAACGCGUGGGUGGGUGCCCGGAAGGGGCCUGGACGCUGCCGGGCCCGCCACACACAGCCCCAGGCGGGGCAGGCACACGCACGAGGACCAUCUCGGGCAGCUCUGAAGCCAGCCUGAGCGCCUGCAGACAGUGCCCCGGCCCAGGCGCUCCAGGCCUUGCUCUUGGGGAGGGCGACGGGUCCUGUGUCCUUUGCGCGCGUCUGAAGGCAGGACACCAGACAAGUCCCCUGGGUAGCGAAGAGGUGGCAGUUCUCAAACAGCUCUGCACCUGCGGAACUCCCUGCCCCAGGAGACUCGCAAGAACGGAGGCUUCUCUUCUACGAAGCAGUAGCACCCCUUCAUCUGGAGGGAGGAAAAGCCAGAACAUGGAUUGGUUGAGGAGCUGGGGACCAUAUCCUGGGCAGCACAGUGACUUGGAGCUGAGCCAUGAGCCAAAUAGAUGCCGCGAUUGAGAUCCCAGCUCUGGGCCGCCCCUUCCAGCUGGGGAUGCUGUACGACUGCCGAAAUGACACACUCGUCCCAGGGAUCACCCUCUGGGAUCUGGAAUUGCUUCAGAAGGACUUGUGUGUCAAACCGCAGCCCAAGACAGAAUCCGAGAUCAUUGCGUCCGAUUCCAUUGAUGACAAGGCCUCUGCCCUCAACAUCAAGGCAUCACUCAAGGCCAGUUUCCUGGUGGGGCUGGUUGAAUUGGAAGGAUCUGCCAAAUACCUCAAUGACACCAAGAAGUCCCAGCGGCAGGCCAGAGUCACUCUGCAGUACAAAGUGACCACCAAGUUUGAACAACUGACAAUGAGCCAUCUGGGAACUCAAAAUGUCUCCUACCGAGCUGUCUUUGAUCAAGGCACGGCCACCCACGUUGUCACUGCAAUUUUGCAUGGAGCUCAGGCUUUCUUUGUGUUUGACCGAGAAGUGUCUUCUUCUGAGAAUAUACUAGAGAUACAAGGAAACCUCCAAGCUGUGAUUAAAAACACAGUCUCCAUCACAGGGCAAGCAGAACUCGAGAUAAAUAAAAAAGGGAAAUCCCAUGCUGAGAACUUUAGCUGCAAAUUCCAUGGAGACUUCUCUCUAGAUAAAAAUCCAGUGACUUUCCAAGAUGCCAUGGAGGUCUACACAGCUCUGCCCAAAAUGCUGGGGCAGGAUGGGGAAAAAGCUGUGCCCGUCACAGUCUGGUUGUACCCACUGACCAAGCUGGAUUCCAGAGCAGCUAAGCUGGUUCGUGAGAUCCGCUUAGCACUGCUCUUUGAUGCCCAGUCAUUCAUGGAGCAGCUGACCGAAAUCAACAUGAGGUGCAAUGACCUGGCAAAGAAUCCUAUUACUGACACCUUCCCAGAAAUCAAGAGGAAAAUCCAGCAAUUCAGCAAUCUGUGCAAGAAACAGAAGCAGAUUUUCCAGAAAGAGCUGGCGGGAAUCUUGCCUUCAAUCCGUGGAGGAGGGAAAGAGGAAGUAGCCCUGGUGGACAUCCUAACAGCAAUAAACCAGUCGCCCUUCAACAGCCAGAGACUCACGGAAUUCCUGGACACCAAGGAACGGGAGAUGAAUUUUGUGAGCUCUUACCUUUCUAUCCUAAAGGGGAUAGAUAUAAUCUCCUCCCAGAAUAAACUAGAAAAAAUAGUUCUUAACCCUGAAAUUCAGUUUGUGGUUUCAUUUACAUUCACUUCUUUCCACGAGAAGGAGCCAUUCCUAUCCAGCUUGCAAGACUGCCUUCAGAAGCAACACAUUGAGAAAACGGCCAGUCCCUGUUCUGUGCCAGAGAAAUGCAUGGCCUGGUUUGAAGACAAUGAGAGGCACCAAUGUGCUCGGAGAUCUGCCAAAGCCAUUUCCAACUUUGCCCGCAUCAAUAAGUCAAAUCAGAAGAUCCAGUAUAUUGUGGCCUCUGUCCCGGAUGAGGACAACCCAGGGGCGUCCAUUUACCUCUAUGAAGAAGGAGAUCUGGUCAGCAGGAGCUUUGAGCUGCCCUUCAGACCUCUCCCUCCCCUGAUUGGUGAGGUUGGACAUGACUGUGUGCAGCUGAUAUUUCAGCCAGCUGACUAUGGGAGGGCCAAUAUCUCUAGCUAUCAGGUGGAGUACAGGAUUGCAGGGGAAGAAGACUGGACAACUCUGGAGACAGAGGAUAGCCAGGAGACUUUCCCAGUAAUGAAUCUGCACCUAAACACCAAGUACCAGUUCCAAUACACAGCAAAGAGCAAACUCGGCCUCAGUGAGACCAGCAAUACAAGCAAAUUGGUGAAGACCCUUCCCACAAGCCCCCCUGGAAAACCCAAAAUGGUAUUGGUUGAAUCUUCCAGAAUUUCUGUUGCUUGGGAUGGUCCAAAGGUCACUGGAGUUGGAGUCCUCAUACAGGAGUACAAAGUGGAGUACAGAGAAGUGGAGGGAGAGGAGAGUCCUGAGGGCAAAGACCCCUGGGCUGAGCAGAGGACAGGCGGGAAAACGGAGUUCUUUCACAUUGAGAGGCUGAAGCCCCAGACGGCCUACCGGUUCCGGGUGUCUGCCGUGUGUGCAGAUGAAGCCAUGAGUGCCCCCAGUGAGGAGGUGGAGAUAGCUACAUCACAGGAGGAAGAAGAAGGGUCCCAAAGAAUCGCCCAGAAAUAUCUCCAAGAAAACAAACUGACAAAAAGGGGGGAACCUUCUGUAUAUGCUCUGCCAUUUAAAAAUGCAUCACCUGCUGUCUCAAAAGCUGGUGUUACCUACUACCUAGGAAGGAAAACCUGGAAAGUCCCUAACAAAGUGAUUAUGGUGAUGGGAGCAACAGGAUCAGGGAAAACCACCCUCAUCAAUGGGAUGAUCAACUAUGUCCUGGGUGUCCAGUGGGGAGACAACUUCCGGUUCGAACUGAUUCAUGACAUAACAAAAAGAAGCCAAGCUGAAAGUCAGACACCAGAAGUGACAGCCUACGUGGUGAAUCAUCAAAAGGGUUUCCAAGUCCCCUAUUCCCUCACUAUCAUUGACACCCCAGGAUUUGGUGACACAAGAGGCAUAGAAUAUGACAAGCUGAUUACCCAGCAGAUUAGGGAGUUCUUCUCUACCCCAAGGGGCACUAACCACAUCGAUGCCAUCUGCUUUGUAGUUCAGGCCUCCUUACCUCGUUUAACUCAUGCCCAGAAAUAUGUUUUUGAUUCAGUACUCUCCAUUUUUGGGAAGGAAAUCAAGGACAAUAUCCAAGUCCUGGUCACAUAUGCAGAUGGGCAAACGCCUCCCGUUCUAGAGGCCAUAAAAGCGGCUGAUGUGCCAUGUGCGAAAGAUGCCAAGGGCACCCCUGUUCAUUUCCAGUUCAAUAAUUCCAUACUCUUUGCCAAGAAUACUGUGGCUGGAAAAGGAACUGGCAAUCUGGAAUCUCAAAUCUGGAAUCUCAGCUUUGAUAACAUGAAGACCUUUCUUGGCUCCUUAAAUGCACUAGAAACAAAAAGUUUAACUUUGACAAGAGUUUCCCAGGAACGAAAAGAGCUAGACACUCUCAUGGUGGGCCUGCAGCCACAAAUCGACACUGGCCUGGUCAAGAUGGAAGAGCUGAAGAAGAUGCUGCAAACUCUGGAUCAGCACAAGGAUGACAUGAAAGCCAACAGAGAUUUUGAGUAUGAAGUACCAAAAACGGUGCGAGUGAAGGCAGAUGUCUGUGAGACUGGCAACUAUGCAACUAACUGCAGAAAUUGUUCCUACACCUGUCACUAUCCUUGCACAGUGGCUAAGUUUGGCUUGAAGUGCUUUUGUGAUGCUAUACGUUUUUUUGAAGGGACAUGCAGGGUUUGUCCUGGCCAGUGUGCAUCAAGUGUUCACAUCUCUGAGCAGUGCAAGUUUGAAUAUAAAACUGUAAAAGAGAAAAUGACCUAUGAGGACCUGAAGCAAAAGUAUCAACAUGCCUCUGAGGAGGUGAUGACCACAGAGGAGGUGCUUGAAAAUCUCUUGCAGGAAUACGAAGAGGUGAAAGAUGUUUUAGCAGACCUUCUCCGAAGAGCAUCCAAAUGCCGCCAGCGCCUGUGGGAAAUUGCUCUGAAGCCCAACCUCCUCUCCACCCCAGAAUACAUCGACCUUCUCAUCGAGUCGGAAAAGCAAGAACUGAAGCCUGGGUAUCAGGAAAGAAUCCAGUCUCUGAUGGAAGUGAGGAAGGUGGCUGAGAUGAUAUAGAAGUUUGCCAGCAAUGAGCCUCUGCUGCCAGAAGAGCUUGAACAAAGAAAGCAUCCCCCCAAUGCCCGCCCCACCCCCCACCCCGGACACAUUUAGAAUAGGGAUAAUUCUGGAUGGCUGAAAUAAAGAAUGUA